UAUACCAUCGUUUGUUCGAAUGUCUAUUACAUUCCUGAUGAUGCCAACUGAAAGCUGGCGAAAGCUCGAAUAAAGUAUUUUCAAGACUGAAAGUCAUGUUAUUCAUAGCAGUUCUAUAUUCGAUUUAUAAAUAAAGAAAUAGAGCUGUUAAAUUAGUUCAAUUGUUAAAAGUUGCAGCAUAUUAUUUAAAGGAAGAUUUAUUUAUUAAAAUAACAGAAUAAAUUCACCUAUAAAAAACAUGAAACAAAAAAGUUAUAAAUCAUAUUUUAUUUGAAAGAAGAACGUUAUAUUGUCGUUUUUUCUCUUGAUAUUUACAUUAUAGUUUAAAGAAGAUAAUAAAAUCUUAAAAAUGUUCAUUUGGGAGAAGUGUUUUGCACUUGAGAUUAUCGGAUUUUCUAAGUAAAUUGCUCAAAGAAAAAGAUUAUCAGGCUGAUAUUAUCUAAAAAGAAAAGAAAAAGUUUUAGAAAUCAUCAUGAAUAUUGUUUCUUUCAAAAUUUAUUUAUCUUAGAAGAAAUAUUAAUUAUUGGAAACUAUCAAGAUCAAAUUAAAUUUAAUGAAUUAACAUUAGAUAUGUUUCGUCUUCUACACGAUGUUGAAGGAGAACCGACAGAAUCUGAUUCUGAUGAAGGAAGUUUACAAUCACUAGCUCCAUCUACAUGCCAUCGAGAUUUAUAUUUGUGCGACGAUCGAGGAGAUCGUGAUCUAUUAAAUCGUUAUUAUCCUCAUAAAUCAGAUGGUUAUGAUACAUAUUCAAAAGUGAAAGUUGAACAAUCAUAUGAUUUUGGUGGUUGUAAGACAAAUGGUAGACAAGAAGAUAGCCUCGAAAAUAAUAGUCAUAUUAUCCCAUCAACAUUAUCUACAACAAUGUCAGUACAAUCUACAAGUGAUAAAAGGUCUGUUCAAGCAAUGAAAGAAGUUCAUGGCGGUCACCCAAUAAAACGUGAGAGAGAUAUGGAGGGAAGAGAGUUAGAUCCAAUAAGAUUCAAAGCAUAUCCAAAUGAAAUAUUAGAUUGUUAUGCAUCUGAUAAUGGUGUCACCACAGAGACUAAAAUCGCUGACAAGCUUGAUCGUAUUAUCGACAAUACGGGUCAAAUACUAACUAGGCUAGAUGUUGUACUUCGUCAAAUGUAUGAAUUAAGUGAAUACACUUAUGGUCCUUGCAUACAAUAUAUGAUUACUGUAUUCAAAGCAUUUGGCGUUGCAGCUAGUUUUAUUGUUCCACAGUUAGCAGAUGUCCAACAAAUACCAAUACCAGAUAUACUCAAAGAUGGAAACUUUUGGAAAGAUUUUGCCACUAAAAUGGACGGGAUAAAUGAAGCCGUCAGUCAGAUUAUGAUUAAGACAACUGAUUUGACAAUGCAUCAAGAAUGUUAUCAAGCCUAUGAAGGUGCUGAUUUACGUCAACCAGAAAAACACUUGAAAAGAACAGAUGAUUGUCGAACGUUGGGAAACUUAUAUCGAACAACAACAGAUGAGGGACAUGUGAGAUGGCCACAAUUUGGUUUUUUGUUUGAUAUUGAUGGUGUGUUAACAAGAGGCCGAAAAUUGCUACCCUAUACACGUGAAGCCUUUCGAAAAUUGGUAGAUUUUAGUGGAAAUUUUCGAAUACCAACGGUGUUUGUUACGAAUGCGGGAAAUGAAUUACGAUCAUCAAAAGCAACAAAAUUAUCUCAUAUAUUGGGAAUACAGAUAUUACCUGAGCAGGUCAUCAUGUCACAUAGUCCAUUAAAGUUGUAUACAGAAUUUCACAAGAAACAUUGUCUUAUUACUGGACAGGGUCCCAUUGCUGAAAUAGCAAAAAAUCUUGGAUUUACAAAAGUAACAACAACCGAUCAGUUAUGUGAUGCAUUUCCAAAUUUGGAUAUGGUUGAUCAUAAGAAACGAAGAGGAUUUGUUCGAUGGGAAACAAAUUUACAAUUAGUUGUUGAUGUACUAAUGACUAAUGGGAAUCCCAGUUCACCAAUUACUCGGGUGCCUAGUCCACAUCUGCCUGUUUUAGCAUCAAAUGCCGAUUUACUAUGGAUGGCUGAAGCACCUUUACCAAGAUUCGGUCAUGGAUCUUACAUGUUUUGUUUAGAAAAUGUGUACAAGAAAAUUUCUGGUCAUCCAUUACAGUACACGGCUAUUGUUGGUAAACCCAGUGAAAUCACUUAUUAUCAUGCUGAAUACUGCGUUUCAAGACAUGCACAAGAGUUAGGAAUUAGAAAACCAAUCAAACGUUUAUAUGCUGUUGGAGGUAAAAUUGAAUAUUUUCAUCGUUUCAUUCUUUCAAUUUAUUUUUUUUUCUGUUUUAGAUAAUCCCGAUACUGAUAUCUAUGG